UCUGCUGAGGUGGUAGAGACACUUUUUUCGACGGCUUACACCAAACGACGAGUGUUCGAUUCCUUUUCGAAUUGGCUGAACCCUCCCCCUUGGCUUCUUGGGGUUCCGGAACUUUACUCUGCGGAAAGCAUUUUACCCCCCAUUCUCUGCCAACAUUUUCUUCCCCCCAUUUUUGCAUCUAAGAACUAAUUUCAAACAAAGGUGAGAAAACCUAGGUGCAGCGAGUGCUUUUGAUUUGAAAGUGAUUUUAAAUGCAGAAAAUAAACAAUUCUUAUUACAGAAUUUGCAAAUUGUUAAUUAAUUUUAAGGAAGACUUUUUUGGAUGAUUUCACAGUUUAGUCUCGGCAAAAGUACAGAGUGACUAGAUCAAUAUGAAAUGGUGUUUAAUGACAACAUAAUUUUUCUAAUGGCAGAUAAAGUCUUUCUUAACCGCAUUAGAAGCUGAAAUUUAUUGAUUAGCUAUUGAAAUUAUUCAAGAGACAGAUUACACUGCUAGAAUCAAAAAAGAACAAAAUUUUUAAUUGCUUGAGAAGUUGUGCGUUUUGUGAUAUAAUUCCUCCAGAGUUAUUUAGUGGUUAAAAGCCAACACGUGAAUUUUUUAAUAUUUGUGGUUACGAUCAAAGCGUCAAGACAUGCUGCAAAUCUUCAGAUACUGCUAUGAGGUAAUUUAGAGUCUGUGAGCCUGUCAUUAGCUAUGGAAAAAGAAAGCUGCCACCAGAAGACAAAAAUGGGACAAAAAACAUUGUGAACAUUUUGGUGAAUUUUAACUCGAUUUAUAGAUAUCUAGUUCUCUACAUAAGGUGGACCCAUCGGAGGGCAACAGCCCUUACAAGGGCCCCCUCACGUAAGCUCUGGAGUACGGUGUGAACUUAGGAGCGGGCAGCAGCUCCUACGGUAAGCCUUACAGUCGCUUCAUGGUAUCAGUAAUGAACGUUCUUCACGGGGACCCGCACAAUCGUGCCGGGGCGCCCUUAGGACAUCACCCUCUCAUUUCUAUGCUGUCAAAUACUGGCGUCAACACAAGCAAUUCGGGACCCACUAGUAAUCCAGGGGGUCCCAGCCAGUCGGCCGUAUCCCAUCAGCGAUCUCCAUUUGCAAUCCAGGAAUUGCUUGGUUUGGGAAAUAGCGACAACACAACCAGUUCUCCGACGCCGGCUUCGCCUCGGCCUCACGCUGGCCAUCCUCACCUCCCGGCCGUAUCGUCAUCAGCUCUCGUACCGACGGGAGGACACCCCUCGCACUGCUCGCCUUACCAGCAUCGUCCACAUCAGCCUACGCCAGCACAAUGCUUUUCCGAUCCCAGUCGUCUUUAUUUUGGUACUGCUUUCAUGCCCAACAUGGCUGGCACCAUGCAUGGCAUGACGGCACCACCGAUGCCCACCAUGCUAGGAUUCGACCAAGGACCACAACCACAUCAAGCUAGGGCUGAUACUAAUGGUGAGUGCAGAAAAAUAUAA